UGCGACGGAAGUUGGCCUGUGUAACGUUGGGUGGCGCUCCACCGCUGUAUCGCAUAUCGGCGCGGCGGGCCUGCAGCUAUGCCAGCUUGCCCGGCAGGGUCGCCGGUCGCCUGCUGCUCGAGUACAAACAGUGACUGUGCGUCUUAAUAAUGAUUUCAUCGCCUUUUUAAACAUUUGGAAGUGGUAUGACCUCAUCCUCCAGCAUAAAUCUGGAACAGGUUUUUGGGGAAAGCUGUGCUCCUUCGCAACAUGUCCUCAGAUGCGCCAUUCAACUACAGUUACGAGACGUUGGCCGUGAGCCAGCCAAGGGAUUACGUCAAGCAAGUAGAGAUAAACAGGCCUGAGAUUAGGAAUGCUAUGAACCAGACAUUUUACAGAGAAAUGAGGGAGUGUUUUCGAGAGUUGGCUGUGGAUGGGGAUUGCAGGGUUGUUUUGCUAACAGGAGCUGGGAAAAUAUUCACUUCAGGACUUGACCUGGUGGACUCAGCCAGUCUAUUCUCGACAGACACAGAGGUUGGGCGUAAGGCAGUGGAACUAAAACAGAGGGUGUCUGAAAUGCAGGAGUCAUUUACAGUCAUGGAAAAGUGUCUGAAGCCUGUAAUUGCUGCAGUCCAUGGGGCUUGUGUAGGUGCAGGGGUGGACAUGAUCACUGCUUGCGAUAUCCGGCUGUGCACUCAAGAUGCCUGGUUCCAAAUCAAAGAAGUGGAAAUGGGACUUGCUGCAGAUCUUGGCACACUUCAGAGAUUCCCUAAGAUCAUUGGCGAUGAGAGUUGGUUGAGAGAGAUCAUCUACACAGCUAGGAAGUUCAGCAGCGAUGAGGCCCGAGAGAAAGGAUUUGUCAGUGGUGUCUUUGAGACGAGAGAAGCUAUGCUUGAAAGCGCUAUAGAAACAGCCUGCAUAAUCGCAAGCCGUAGUCCCAUCGCUGUGCAGACGUCCAAGGCCAGCGUCUUGUUCUCUAGGGACCACAGUGUAGCUGACGGUCUCAACGACGUGACGACGUGGAAUGCCAGCAUGUUGCAGAGUGAAGAUUUGAUGAAAGCGACGACAGCAGCUAUGCAGAAGACUAAACCCACAUUCUCAAAGCUGUAAUCUCUCUGCACUACUGUCCUUGAGAUCAAAGGUUGUAUGAAUCAGUGUCCAUUACCAAACCUCUCUCUCAGGUGUCUAGGUUUGAGAAUGGCUAUCUGGGAAUAUGCACGGGUUGUCUUUCCACUGAUCUUUUUUCGCACAAAAACGCAGUCCACUCUUGUUAAUACAAGGGUCUUGGGACGUAGUAUAUUAUCUUGUGUUUUCCAAAUCCUAGUCUUAAGCUAAAAGUAUUUUCCUACUUGAAGUGCGUCGUUGAUUGAUAUUAUCAGUUAUGUAACUAAUUUAUGCAUAGGUGUUUCUGUUGAUACAGUUAUGAAUUUGAAACAAUUGAAACACGUUCUUUAUGAAAGUGGAAUGUAAAUGUGUAAUGAAUAAAGAAUUGUAAUCAUAAAACUUGUAUGGUAAUUGAGAAAAGCAAAAAUAAAAAUGCAACAACAGGCCAAACGACUCAUCACCAAUCAUUGUCGAAGCCAUGUUAACCCAUACUGGGUAUUGCAAAAGAAUGUGCACACAAGUUCAUUAACAUUUUAGCAGGUGACCAGAGUUGCAUUUUUCUACAUGUGUAAAGCGAAGGAAACCAGUGAAUUUUGUGUGGAUAUGAGAGGACCUAGGUCAGGGCCUGGGUAAUAUUUUUGGCAGGAAAAAAGUGAUUCUUUUUUUUCCAUUAACCCCUUGACGACGGGAAUUU